ACGCAGAUUUUUGGACCCUUGUGUGCAAUAAUAGAGAAAAGAACCUCUAGUUCAUGUAUUUAACUCGCUGACAAAUAUAAAAACCUGUGCUUUUAAAGUUUAAACCUCAGACAGUGGUUUAUGUUCCACGGUGCAGCUGAAGAACGAAAAGAAGGAAGUUAGUAAGUGACAUGUAGUUUUAGGAUUUUGGAUUUAGAAGCAAGGGAUGUUGGGAUUUUUUGGAAGGACAUGUCUUGCAAAGUUAUUUAUGAAUACUCUUUUGCUGGAUGUUGUUAUACAUAUGCUCUUUGAUUUAAAUGAUUAACUGUUUCCUCGUAGUGAUAAUUAAUUUAUUUGUUCGAUGAAAUCAUUGUGACCUGUUUCUUGCUGUGUUCGGUUUGUGGAUUGUGUGGAGAGAAAAUUGUCCGUCCAUUACACUGCUUUAUGUCUUUGCAUAAGAACUUUGUUUUUUGAAAUUUUCUUUUUAAUGUCACCAUUCAUUGAAAAUCCGCGUAAAAAGAAUUGUGAGAAGUAUGCAUACAGGGUCUAUGCUUUUCUGCCCCCUCAGCUUGAUUCAUGUUAGAAACUUCAAACAUGAAGAGUUCAAGGCGGUAUGAAUGCUUUUUGUUAGUACGCAGAGUUCUAAUUGAGUUCAAUUUGCUAACAUAAUAGUUGUGAGCCAAAUUUCUCAAUCAUCUCGCAAAUUCUUGUAUGAAAACAAUCGUUGUCAAGUAUGAUUAGUUUGGAUGGGUUUCUAUAUAGGCAAAAUACCAAGGAUUGAUUCCGUGUGUAUGAGAUGUUUUAGAAGAAUGGUAAAAAGUGAUUGUGUGGUGAACAUAGUAUUAAGUGGUUAAACCAUAACUUUACUAUGAUUUAUGGAAGCUGUCCUUUUUGUUUAAUGGAAACAAGUUACCUUCUGCAAAGUUUAUAAAAAGAUUACGAAAACAAUUUUUUUGACUUUUUUUAUUUUAUUUCAAUUAUUUUUUGUAUAAUUUAUUGAAAUAGAAUUAUUUUCAACUUAUGUUAACAAGUUUUGUAAUCAAAUUUAUAAUAAAAGAAUUAAUAAAUAGGUACUUAAUUAAAUUAUUAUCUAAAUCCAAUGCACGCUAAUAUUAGGUAGCUGAAAAUUACCGAAAGUUAUGAGGGAAGUGUGUUGCAAAUUUUUUUCCCCGAAAGUCUGAAGCAAUUUGGUCAGUACUGGAGUAUCGUACAAACAUCCAAAUUACAGUGACAAAUGCUUUGGAAAAUUAACCCUUACCGCUUCAUUCUUGCCAAGUAUUCUUAUGUUAAUUAUAAAUUUGUUCUGAACUAGAUUAUGGUGAGUUCAGUUUUGACAUAAUCUGUGCAUUCUUCCAAGUGGAGAUUCAAUAUGUUAAUUAUAAAUUUUUAUUACCAAACUAAACCAUGCUACUUCCAUGUUUCUUUGCAGGAUUCACAAACACAUCCAUUUGUACUAACGUAUUAUUGAAGGGGUGGGACGCAUCCAACUUUUAAUUUCAACCGUACGUAGACAUAGGAUCGUUGGCAAUAUCUUUGAUCUCUGACUAUAUAUUCACGUGAAGCUUUCUGAUCUCUAAACUUCAAACAUAUACUACCCACAAACUCUCACUCGUGAUAUCUAUCAUGGAGGCUAGGAACUUGUUGCGCUUCAUGGUUCUUUCAGUCGGUGUAGCACUAGUUAUACUUAUCACCUGGUUUCACCUACCAUCACUUCCCAACAAGGAGGCUCUAGAUUGCAACCUUUACUCUGGAUGGUGCACCUCAAAGAACCGCUUCCACUCUUCAGCAAAGCCUAAUCUUAUCAAGAAACCACCUUUGUCCACUAAUCACAACCGCCAAAACCACGAAUCAGAUGUUCCUCAACACCCUCUGGACCCUUUAACCAUCCAAGAAUUCCACAAGGUCCGCACCAUCCUCUCCACUCACCCCCUCUUUUACUCAUCCACCUAUUCCCUCAAUUCUAUUGUCCUUGAAGAACCAGACAAAAACUUAGUCCUUAAAUGGCAAAAAGGUGAUCAUCCCUUGCCUAGGAAAGCUUCCGUGAUUGCAAUUGUGAAGGGUGUCUCCCAUGUACUCACCGUGGACCUGGGAACCGGUCUCGUGACUGACCACGAAACCGGUUCGGUUUCGGGGUACCCGACCAUGACCGUGGAGGAGAUGGUGGGAGUACUAGAUGUACCCCUCAAGAGCCCAGAGUUUAACCGCACAAUCACCCAACGUGGUGUCAAUUUAGCUGACCUUGCAUGCUUGCCAAUAUCUUCAGGGUGGUAUGGGACUCCAGUGGAGGAGAAUAGAAGGUUGAUCAAGGUGCAGUGCUAUUCCAAGAAAGGCACUGUGAAUUUUUACAUGAAACCAAUUGAAGGGAUCACUGCCUUGGUUGACAUUGAUAGAAAAGAGGUUUUGUCCAUUUCGGAUAAUGGCCAAAACAUUCCUGUGGCCAAUGGCAUUGACACUGACUACCGUUACUCCAUUCAAAAGAUCAAUGGAGAGUUGAGGCUAUUGAAUCCAAUAUCCUUGGAACAACCAAAAGGUCCAAGCUUUACAAUUGAUGGACACUUGGUGAAAUGGGCAAACUGGGAAUUUCAUCUGAAACCUGACCCAAGAGCUGGGACCAUAAUUUCUCAAGUAAAAGUGAGAGACCCAGAUACAUCAAAGUUAAGAAAUGUCAUGUACAAAGGGUUCACAUCUGAGCUAUUUGUGCCUUACAUGGAUCCCACAGAAGGGUGGUACUUUAAGACAUACAUGGAUGCAGGUGAGUAUGGGUUUGGGUUGCAAGCGAUGCCACUAGACCCCUUGAAUGAUUGUCCAAGGAAUGCUUAUUACAUGGACGGUGUGUUUGCCUCUUCUGAUGGAACACCGUAUAUCCAACCCAACAUGAUCUGCGUUUUUGAGAGCUAUGCUGGUGACGUUGCGUGGCGACAUGCUGAGUGUCCUAUCACUGACCUUAAGGUCACGGAAGUAAGGCCAAAGGUGACGUUUGUGGUUAGGAUGGCAGCGGCCGUGGCGAAUUAUGACUAUAUCAUGGAUUGGGAAUUUCAAACCGAUGGGCUAAUUAGAGCAAAGGUUGGACUAAGUGGUAUUUUGAUGGUGAAAGGAAGUACCCAUGAGAAUAUGAACCAAGUUCGAGACCAAGAAUAUCUCUAUGGAACCCUUUUGAGUGAAAACAUUAUUGGGGUAAUCCAUGACCAUUUUAUCACAUAUCACCUAGACAUGGACAUUGAUGGUUCUGACAAUUCAUUUGUCAAGGUAAAUAUAGAGAAGCAACAGACCUCUCCAGGAGAAUCACCUAGAAAGAGCUACCUGAAAGCAGUGAAAAAAGUGGCAAAGACAGAGAAAGAAGCCCAAAUAAGGCUUCAACUAUAUGACCCAUCUGAAUUUCAUGUGGUUAACCAGUUGAAGAAGACAAGGGUUGGUAACCCUGUUGGGUACAAGUUGGUUCCAGGUGGCACUGCAGCUAGCCUAUUGGAUCCUGAAGAUCCACCACAAAAGAGGGCAGCUUUUACCAACAAUCAAAUAUGGGUCACUCCCUAUAAUAAAACUGAGCAAUGGGCUGGUGGCUUAUUUGUUUACCAGAGCAAAGGCGAUGAUACUCUUCAAGUAUGGUCCAACAGGGAUCGUCCAAUUGAGAAUAAGGACAUUGUUUUGUGGUACACAAUAGGGUUUCAUCACAUACCAUGUCAAGAGGACUACCCAAUCAUGCCUACUGUAUCGUCAAGUUUUGAUCUGAAGCCUGCUAAUUUCUUUGAGAGAAAUCCAAUCUUAAGAGUGCCCCCCAAUUUCAAAGAAGAUUUACCAGUUUGCAAAGCUCAUGAUUCAACUUGAGAUCCCAUCAGUUGUUUUAGCAAAUAUUUAGGAUACAUUUGGAUUCACAACUUAAUUAAGUACUUUUAAUUAGUAUUUUUCAAAUAAUGACCGAUACUAUAUUUAUCUUUAAACUUUACUGGGAAAAGUUAAAAAUAGUAUAUUUUGAUCACCUAUAUUAUAAGUUUAUUGAAAUAAAAUUAAAAAAAUUAUGAAAAGCUUAGAAAAAUAGUUUAGGAUUUUAAUAGCAAAAAUAGUUUAGGAUUUUAUAUGUUUUUAUUUUUUUAAUGAAUAAAUUCACAAAUGUGUCUCUUUAAUGGCCGUG